AACAUGCAAAACAGCUUUCACUCUCGACGUAAAAUCCGCCAGAAACACGAUGUAGACUAGUCAGCGGCUACACUUUCAUGCGUAAUGGUCUGUACCCUUCCGUCACCAACGAAAGUUUUAUUUCUUUCUUCAACUGUAGGACUGUGUGGAUUUAGCCUUCUCUGGAGCAGCGCCUUCUCCGCGUGAAGACAUUUCACCAUGCCCGUCCGAAGCCAAGUAAAAGACUCUUUGUUCCACUGUUGAAUCUUUGCAUCUUUGAACAGCAUGAGCAUCAACAUUUCCCCACCAGUUUCACGCGAUCAGAAAAGGGAGAGAGGAGAGACGCCAGAGGCAUCAGAAGGAAUUGUUGGUUUGUUAGAUGGGCAUACUCAUGGGAAAGAAAUGCCCAGUUGUCAAAGUCCUAUCCUGGAGGGACCUAAAGGCAAGCCGAAGUUGCAGUCUGCCCAGGCCGUGCUCUCUCCAAGAGCUGAUGGAAAAGGAGAGGAGAACCCUGAGAUAUCACACACACCACCUCCAUGCACACCAGGAGACACAGCUGAGACCACCACACACAAGCUGCCAAGAACUGGAGAUAUUACACAACCACCUCAGGCACAUUUGCCAGAAACAUACACCAGAGCAGCUACACACACACAGCCCACAAACACAUCAACACACAGUACAUCACACGCAGGCACACUGCGACCUGGAGUGGAAGAGGAGAGAGAUGGAAGAGUAGAAGAGAAAGAAGAGGGAGAACAGCAUGGGGAAGAAGGGAUGCAGUGGGACAAGAAAAGGGAGAUGCCUAGGAGAAGCCUGUGGCGCCUGAGGGACAGGGGGAUGGAGGACAGGUGGGGUAAAGUCAGAAGGGAAUGGAGGCGCAGUGCCAGCAGCCUGGAGAGGACCUCUGCAGAGCAAGGGAUGGCGUGGGAGAGAGAGGCCAGGACACUGGCUCAGGAUGACAGGACGGCGAGAGACCGCUGCAGGGAAGAGGGCGAGGAAGAAGGAGAGAGGGCCAGGGAGAGGAGGAGUGUGGGAGAAGGUGAGCGGAGAGCGAAGGACAUGGUGCCACAUCACAUCUUGUCCCGCAUGCUGGUUCACUCGGCCUCAUCGUCGUCCUCCUCUUCGUCCUUCAACUGUUCCUCUCCUGAAAGUGAUGAAGUGUUCAGUGAGGGAGAGGAUGUAGCCGCACGUCGGAAGAUAAUGAAGAGGUGUCGCUCUUGGAGGACCUUCCUGACCAUGAUGCAAUGGUCCAAGCGCAGGCAGAGUUCCUGGGUCCAGCUGGCUGGCCAUCAAGGUAACUUCCAGCUCAGUGAAGGUGGUGAGGUGCUUAAGCGCUGGAGUGAAGUCGAGGCCUCGUGUCUCCACCUGUUGAUGUCAGAUGUUCUACGGGAGUUUGUGCCACGUUACUAUGGUACCCUCGCUCGCAACGGCAGCAACUACCUGCGGUUGGAGGACCUGCUCAGUGGACUUAGCAACCCGGUCAUCAUGGACUGCAAAAUGGGAGUACGAACUUACUUGGAGGAGGAGAUAGCCAAGGCAAGAAUCAGCCCUGUCCUGCGUAGUGAUAUGUACCACAAGAUGGUGAAAGUAGAUCCGUCAGCGGCGUUGCCGGAGGAACACGUGCAGGGCGCCGUGUCCAAGCUGCGUUAUAUGCAGUGGCGGGAUGCGGUCAGCUCAACCACUACACUGGGGUUCAGGAUCGAAGGCAUCAUGCUGGACAAUGGGACAGUGCUACGAGACUUCAGCAAGACCCAGAGUUUGCCUCAACUCAUAGAUGCCUUCCUUACCUUCUCAAAGAGCAAACUUCAUAUUCUGAGGGCGUACCAGUCCAGACUCCAAGCUCUGAGGGAGGCCCUGAAGGAGUCUGAGUUUUUCAGCACACAUGAGGUGAUUGGCAGCUCUCUUCUCUUUGUCCACGACUCCUCAAGAAAGGCCAACAUCUGGAUGAUUGACUUUGGCAAGACCAUGCCCACCCCCAACACUGUGCAGCUACGGCACGACAUGCCCUGGGUGGAGGGCAACCGCGAGGACGGCUACCUCACAGGCCUGGCCUCCAUCAUGCAGCUCCUGUCCGAGGCCAUCCAUCGAGCCCGCAGCGGGUGCCUGGAGCGCUCUGACUCUCAGACACUGAAUGAAGACGAUGUUCACCCCAUGGACGUACAGUCUGCGGCAGAGUGAUGGGCCACAUCACAUGCAAUGACUUUGUAGGUCAUCAGAGGGUCACAGGCAUGCCUUUACCAGCCUGUUGGAGAUAGGAACUGAACUAAACAAGGUCCUUGGGCUUAAGGCCCAAAAAUAACACAUGCCUUAUUUUCACAAUCAAGGUUCAUCAGUCAGUCAAACCAGUCAUGAUCCUUGAUUUAGCCUACCAGUUGUGUGGUAUAGGCCUAUGAGUUGUAGGCCCAACGUCUCAGUUUCGCACACAUUUUAGUUUUUUCAUACAGUGUAAUUUCUUCGAUAUUUGAAAUGCUAAAUUAAUGGUUUGAACAGAUUUAAUAAAAUAUGAAUGUGCAUA